AUGACCCGCUACCAACAGGCCCUGUGGAGGUUUCAAGAGGUUUCAGUGAAAAUUCCACCAUUCUGGCGCAACAAUCCAGCAUUAUGGUUCAAACAGGUCGAAAGCCAAUUUAUAACAUCUGGAAUAACAUCCGAUUCAACCAAAUUCCAUACAAUUGUUGGUUCCAUAGACGCAAGCGUUCUUUCGGAGGUAAGCGACCUUAUUCUCAAUCCACCAGAAACAAAUAUGUAUGAAACGCUAAAGAAGAGUGUCCAAGAGCGUUUCAUGGAUUCGGAAGAGAAGGGGUUGAAGCGUUUGUUGCGUGAAAUGGAACUUGGCGAUAAAAAACCAUCAACAUUGCUUCGUGAGAUGAUCUGUUUAGCCUCUGGUGAGGUUUCGGAUGAACUUUUAAAAACUCUCUGGAUGCAACGACUUCCGAAGCAAACUCAAGCAAUUUUAUCGGUAAGCAGUGAAUCUUCAAGCAAUUUGGCGGCAAUGGCCGAUAAGAUUUCUGAAACUGCGGAAUCAUGGGAUGUUAGUGCUAUAUCCUCAAGAAAACCGACAGAGUCGACACAAAUUCAGGAUUUAAAAGCCAAAAUUGAAGAAAUAACCAAGAUGAUCGAGGCAAUCGCAAAUCAGUUAAGAAGCCGUUCAAAAUCAAGAGGCAGGUCACAGAGCUCCUCAUCAUCGGUGACGGAUGAGAACUGCCGACAGAUAUGUCGCCUUUUUGUUCGUGAUACAAACCUAAAAUAUGAGUUUCUCAUCGAUACUGGUGCUGAUGUGUCUGUGUUCCCUGCUACCUCGACUGAAAAACGCCAAAACCCAUCAAGUCUUAAAUUAAUAGCAGCUAAUGAGUCCCCUAUUAAAACUCUUGGCCUCAACCGAAAAUUUAUCUGGAAUUUUAUAUUUGCCAGUGUUAACAGACCAAUAAUUGGCGCUGAUUUUCUUGGCCAUUUUGCGUUAUUGGUUGAUGUAAAGAACAAUCGUCUGAUAGAUAAUAUUGACAAUCGUAUUUCACCAUCAAAGCAUUCUGUGAAGCAUGUUAUCCACACAGAAGAUCCACCGGUUCAUGCAAAAUCACGAAGAUUGUUCCCUGAGAAACUCAAAAUUGUAAAGCGUGAGUUUGAUUUGAUGCUGCAACAAGGUAUAUGUCGUCCUUCGAAAAGUCCCUGUGCAAGUCCGUUGCAUUUAGUCCCGAAGUCAAAUGGAGAGUGGCAUCCAAGUGGCGACUACCGCCGUUUAAAUGUUGUUACCACUCCCGACCGCUAUCCUGUUCCUCACAUACACGAUUUUGGACACAUGUUGAGCGGUAAGCAAAUAUUUAGUAAAGUGGACCUUGUUAAAGCAUAUCAUCAAAUACCAGUUAAAGAAUCUGACAUUGCUAAGACUGCAAUUAUAACACCAUUUGGGUUAUUUGAGUUUCCUCGAAUGAGCUUUGGACUUUGUAAUGCAGCUCAGUCUUUUCAGCGUUUCAUACACGAGGUCAUACAAGGUUUGGAUUUCUGUUACGCCUAUAUAGAUGAUAUCCUCAUUGCGUCAAACAACAAAGAGGAGCACUUGGAACAUCUCAGGAAAUUAUUUUCAAGAUUUCGAGAGUUUGGUGUUACUAUUAAUUAUUUCAAGUCGGUGCUCGGAGUUGCAGAAGCCGAAUUUUUAGGAUAUGUAGUCAAUUCAGAUGGUAUCAAACCUCUGCCAUCCCGCGUAGAAGCAAUCAAAGGCUACAAGUUGCCAGAAACUGAAAAAGAGCGGCGAAGCACAUCAACAGUCAAAACUUCAUACAAUCUGUUCUGGAAAUAA